GUUGUGUUCUUCAGCCGUGACGAAUGCAACAAGGAAGUGAGCAGCCAGCAACAGACUGCUGAGAUGGCACCGAGCGGACUUAAAGCUGUGGUGGGAGAAAAAAUCCUCAAUGGCGUCAUCAAGAGUGUCAAGAAGGAGGGAGAUUGGAAGGUUCUUAUUGUGGAUCAUAUGAGCAUGCGGAUUUUAUCCUCUUGCUGCAAAAUGUCUGACAUUUUGGCCGAAGGAGUGACCAUUGUGGAAGAUAUCAGUAAACGCAGGGAGCCCAUCUCAAGUCUGGAGGCCAUUUAUUUGAUUUCACCAGUAGAGAAAUCUGUUGGUGCUCUCAUUAAUGACUUCAAAGAUGCAGCCUAUACUUACAAAGCCGCACACAUCUUCUUCACUGAUACUUGCCCAGAUGGUCUCUUCACUGAGAUUGGGCGGUCUAGAGUUGCCAAGGUUGUCAAGACAUUAAAAGAGAUCAAUGUUGCUUUUCUUCCAUAUGAGUCCCAGGUCUUCACUCUGGAUGACCCCACCUCCAUGCACAAGUUUUAUAGUCCUGCUACAAAUGUAGAUAAAGGCAAAAUGAUGGAGAAUGUGGCAGAGCAGAUUGCAACCCUCUGUGACACACUGAAGGAGUACCCAGUAAUCCGUUACCACAGUGGAGCAGAUGAGACAUUUAAACUGGCUGACGAGGUCCACCAGCGCCUUAUUGCUCACAAAGCAGAUAACCCAAGCAUGGGAGAGGGUCCAGAUAAGGCACGGUCCCAGCUACUGAUUGUUGACCGUGGUUUUGAUCCAAUUUCGCCUAUUCUCCAUGAGUUAACGUUCCAGGCAAUGGCAUAUGACUUGCUAAAUAUCAAACAAGACAUCUACACUUAUCAGUCAACCGGAAUUGGGAAUUUAAAAGACAAAGAAGUUUUACUUGAUGAGGAUGAUGACCUCUGGGUCCAGCUCCGACACAUGCACAUUGCAGACGUAACUAAGAAAGUGACAGAACUUCUUCGCAGUUUUUGUGAGAGCAAAAGAAUGUGUACUGACAAAGCCAACAUCAAAGACCUCUCCCAGAUGUUAAAGAAGAUGCCACAAUACCAGAAGGAGCUGAGCAUGUACUCUACUCACUUGCACCUCGCUGAAGCUUGCAUGAAGAAAUUCAAGGCCUCUUUGGAUAAGCUUUGUGAAGUGGAGCAGGACUUGGCAAUGGGAGCAAAUGCAGAAGGGGAACCUCUAAAAGAUGCCAUGAAGUGUAUUGUUCCUGUGCUUCUCAACAAUGAGAUAGAAGCCUAUGACAAAAUCCGCAUAAUACUGCUGUACAUAUUCCACAAGAAAAAAGGGAUCACAGAGGAGAACCUUGCCAAGCUCAUUCAGCAUGCAAACAUACAGAACGACAGGAACAUCAUCACAAACCUGCAGCACCUGGGGUGUAAAAUUAUUGCUGGGGGCACUAAUGCUGGGAAAGUACGAACUGAACACAAGGAGCGCUCUGAGAGCACCUACCAGCUUUCGAGGUGGACUCCCUUAAUCAAAGAUGUCAUGGAGAAUGCCAUAGAGGACAAACUAGACAAAAAGCAAUGGCCAUUCUUCUCUGAGCCUCCCACCACGACAACUCAGCCUGUUGUCAGCAGUGCACGUUUUGGAAAUUGGCACAAGAGUAAAUCUCCAUCUGAAUAUCGCUCUGGACCUCGGCUCAUCAUUUUUGUCAUUGGUGGUGUGUCCCAUUCCGAGAUGCGCUCCGCCUAUGAAGUCAGUCGUGCGACUGAUGGGAAAUGGGAGGUGCUGAUUGGCUCAUCUCACAUCCUGACUCCUACCACCUUCCUUUCUGACCUGAAGAGUCUGGACCAAGUUCCUAGUCCUGAUUGUUAGAUACCCAUAACACACUGAAGUCAUGGUUUGAGGGGACUGGUUUUCUGUUUUGGCAUCUCAGAUGGCAAAAGUGAAGCAUCAGGAGAAAUAUUAAAUGUUGCAAUGGAAGGAAACAUUUUUGAUUGUUUUUAUUUUAUUAUUGUGAAAUGGGCUCUAUAUACUGCUGUAGUUGAAAUUGUACUAAUAUAUUUAAAUUGAAUAUAUCCUUAUGUUUUGAUUAUAUUGUACUUACACUGUUAAUAUUUUCAAGAUCUCAUUUAAAUUUAGUAUCCAUCUGAUUUUUCUGAACUGUAUUCUCCCUCACUCAAAGCUGCAUCAUUCUCAUAAAUGUGGUUAUCUUGAAUUUUCCAUUUAAAGGCUAUAAUAGAUGUUUAAAGCAACAGAAUUAUAUCUGAGAUUAAAUGUUUUUACCUUUAUACAUGUGGAAAUGUCUCAAUUGCUGUGUUCUGAAACUGCACUUUUUUCAUCAGGUUUAAUCGUGACUGGGAACAUGUAUUUGGCAGUUUUUCUUGUUACUUAUAAGUAAUAAAACGAGCAUAUUUGCUAUAA